CUAACUUCACACAGGUUCAGACACCUGAGAUAGCGAACGACAAAACUGCGGUAAUAAAAACAAAACACAUUCGGAUCAGGAGAGUAGAGAGGCUGCGUACUGUUGCGUCAAAAUAACAGCACAUUUUGCAGAAUCGGAAAAAACCGACCAUUUAUUUCACGGUUAAACCCCCCCUGAAGAUCCUCAUAACCCCCAGUGUGUGAUUACAAAGGGGGCCGACGAGGUUCAAUUCCAAGCUGCUUUAGUUGAGUCUUCAGACUCCCAAUUUUUUUUUUAUGUGUCUUGAGUGAAAAUAAGGAAAACAUGACGGAGGUAAGGAAGAGAGGAGGAAAAGGAGGAGAUCCCGACAGCGUUAGUGACAAGGAGGCAGAUGGAGAGGACAGACUGGGUCUGCCUGGUGAGGCCGGAGGAGACGGCGAAUAUAAAGCAGACACCCCAUCCGUUCCUCCCUCCACAGCAGACAACACUCCACAGUUCCUCAAAGAGGCCGUGGAAGGCCUCAACCCCAGGUGGAAGAACUGCUGUAUACGAGGGGUUCUAUCCAUGGCCAUGAUAUCAGGAUUCUUCAUGAUGAUCUACCUGGGACCUAUCAUGCUCAUAGUAGUGGUGAUGACCAUCCAGAUCAAGUGUUUUCAGGAGAUCAUAGAUAUCGGCUACAGAGUCUACCAUUCCUACGAGCUGCCCUGGUUCAGGACACUCAGCUGGUACUUCCUGGUUUGUGUGAACUACUUCUUCUAUGGUGAGACAUUGGCGGAGUACUUUGGUGCGUUGGUGCAGAGAGAAGAACCGCUCCAGUUCCUGGUCCGAUACCAUAGAUUUAUCUCCUUCGCUGUCUACCUGGCAGGUUUCUGCAUGUUUGUUCUGAGUUUAGUGAAGAAGCAUUACCGCCUGCAGUUUUACAUGUUUGCGUGGACCCAUGUUACCCUACUGAUAGUGGUGACUCAGUCUCACUUGGUCAUCCAGAACCUGUUUGAAGGAAUGAUCUGGUUCCUCGUCCCUGUCUCCAUAGUGAUCUGCAAUGACAUCAUGGCCUACCUGUUUGGUUUCUUCUUUGGCAGAACACCACUCAUUAAGCUGUCUCCCAAGAAGACGUGGGAGGGAUUCAUAGGAGGGUUCUUUGGAACCCUGGUCUUUGGAUUCAUACUGGCAUACCUGCUAGCUCAGUUCCAGUACUUUGUCUGUCCCGUGGAAUACAACAGUGAGACCAACCGUUUCACUGCGGAGUGUGAACCCUCGGACAUUUUCGUGAUGCACGAGUACACAUUGCCCUUCACUGUCCAGAGCAUCCUCAGAUGGAAAACGGUGACCAUCUACCCAUACCAGAUCCACAGCGUGGCUCUCUCCACCUUCGGCUCUCUCAUUGGUCCUUUUGGAGGAUUCUUCGCCAGCGGAUUCAAACGAGCGUUCAAGAUUAAAGACUUUGCAGACACCAUCCCUGGUCACGGGGGCAUCAUGGAUCGCUUCGACUGUCAGUAUCUGAUGGCUACCUUCACUCACGUUUACAUAGCCAGCUUCAUCAGAGGUCCCAACCCCAGCAAGGUGUUACAGCAGCUGUUGGUCCUGCAGCCAGAGCAGCAGCUCAGUAUCUUCAACGCCAUGAGAGACCGCCUGAGAGACAGGGGAAUACUGCCCCCUGCUGCCACGGAGGCGAUGUAGAACACACACGCAAGAGGGGGAGAGAGUGUGUGUGUGUGUGUGUGUGUGUGUGUGUGUGUGUGUGUGUGUGUGUGUGUGUGUGUGUGUGUGUGUGUGUGUGUGUGUGUGUGUGUGUGUGUGUGUGUGUGUGUGUGUGUGUGUGAGAGGAAGAGUUUGGCUGUGUGUGUGUGUCUGAGAGAGUGUUUUUGGCUGCUUGUGUGUGGCCUGCACCUUCUUCCAGACACUCAUCCCUCAUCUGCCCAGCGUCUGUUUGUUUUUCUUUUCUUGUUUCUAACCAGUCAUUACUGUGAACUAAGAUGUUGCUCCCAGCAUCACGGAGUUACCAAUAACAGCAGCCACAACAACAUGUUCAGACUGUCAUAGCAACCACUGGGACCUGCAUGAGUACCUAACU